CUACUAGUAUUCCUUUUGUUACUUAUCCAUUUCCCAUUUUUUUGAUCAUCUCAAUCAAGAAAACAUAAGAAAACUUAUCAAUGGAAUUCAAGAAUCAAUCUUUUUAUUUCCUUUUUGCUCUCUUCCUUCUUUUCUCAACUUUCCCUCUCUCAUUUUCAUCUUCAUCGUCAUCCUCCAAACAAAAUGGUGGAGUACGAAAGAGCCACCGACAGAGUUCAUCACUGCCUAAUAGUAUUAUUCAAUCAUCAUUUUCUACGUCCUUUGACUUCAAAUUCUCAGGUCAAGCAGGACCAUUGGACCAAAAGAACUCAGAUCAUAGAAAUGGUAAAUGGAUUCUUUUACAAAAAUCCAUUGGUGUCUCUGCCAUGCACAUGCAACUUCUCCAUAAUAACAAGGUUGUCAUCUUCGACCGUACAGAUUUUGGUGCUUCUAACCUUUCCCUUCCUCAAGGCCAAUGCAGGUAUAAUGACGAAGCCAUCGGAGUAGAUUGCACAGCUCACUCUAUCUUGUACGAUGUUGCUACCAACACUUAUCGUCCUCUCAUGGUUCACACCGACGUUUGGUGUUCCUCUGGUGCCGUUAACCCUAACGGAACCCUUAUCCAAACCGGCGGAUACCAUGCCGGUGAACGUAAAAUACGGUUGUUUUCACCGUGUAAUAACGAUGAACAUUGUGAUUGGACGGAACUUCCACAGAAUCUCACCGUUAAAAGAUGGUACGCUUCAGAUCAUAUACUUCCAGAUGGACGUGUAAUUAUUGUUGGAGGAAGAAGAGCUUUUAGCUAUGAGUUUUUCCCGCAAAACUCACAAAAUAAUGGGAUUUUUUAUCUUCCUUUCUUGAAGGAAACAACUGAUCCUAAAGAGGAGAACAAUCUUUAUCCAUUUUUGUACCUUUUACCAGACGGAAAUAUUUACAUUUUCGCUAAUCAACGAUCCAUAGUCUUAGAUUACGUGAAUAAUAAAAUUAUUAGAGAGUUUCCACCAAUUCCCGGCGAGAAAAGGACUUAUCCGGCGACUGGUUCAUCGGUAAUGCUACCGAUGAAAUUAGUCUCCAGUGCUUCGUCGCCGGUGGUGGAGGUGAUGGUAUGUGGUGGUGCUAACGGUGGCGCGUUUACACAAGCUGAGAAGAGUGUUUUUUUGCCUGCUUCACGUACAUGUGGACGUAUGAGGAUUACGGAUCCGGAUCCUGUAUGGGUCAUGGAGGAUAUGCCAAUGGGUCGGGUCAUGUCCGAUAUGUUGUUGUUGCCUACAGGAGAUGUAAUUAUAUUAAAUGGAGCUUUAAAAGGGACAGCCGGGUGGGAGAGUGCAAUUGACCCGGUAUUGAACCCGGUUCUUUACAAGCCAAAUGAACCCGACCCGAGUAAGAGAUUUACUGUACUCAAACCAAGUAACAUUCCAAGAAUGUACCACUCAGCAGCUACAUUAUUGCCAGAUGGCAGAAUAUUAGUGGGUGGAAGUAAUCCACAUAUAAGGUACAACUUUACAGGCGUACAGUACCCCACAGAGUUAAGCUUAGAAGCAUUUAGGCCACCAUAUUUGGCCCCAGAACACUCACAUCUCCGACCAUCAAUAUUGACCGUUGAAGGACCCGUAUCACACGGUCAGAAAUUCUCCAUCACAUUUACACUUGGUUUUUACCAGCCUGCAAAGGAGCUCGUGGUAAGCAUGAUUGCACCCUCAUUUACCACACACUCGUUCGCAAUGAAUCAACGGUUGUUAAUAUUGGACGUUGUGCAAGUUCAACGGCUGUCGUUGUUUGCACAAAAGAUUACGGUGUGCGCACCUCCAUCGCGUAAUAUUGCACCUCCAGGUUAUUAUAUGGUGUUUGUCGUACACAGAGGUGUUCCUGGACACUCCUCUUGGAUCAGGAUGCAGUAAUUUUGGUAGCCUAUUUUUUUUUUUUUUUUUUUGGUUGGAAUUGGCAAGAGGGAAUUUAAUAGGUCAUUUACUUGUUCAGUGUAGGUCGUUGGAAUGGAAGUUUUGGUGCAGUUGAGAAAAGUCACCAUUUUUUUUUUCCAAAUAGGGAAAAAAAAGAUUGGUGUAGCUUGUAGUCGGUUAAAUUUUUAUUUAGUGGAUAUUAUUUUUGGCAUACUUCCCUAGCUUUUACCCUAGUGACCCAGGUGAGCAGUGAGCUAAUAUUUAUAAUACAAAGAAUUAAGGCAGGGCAGGGACUUGACCACAGUAUGUGAGAAGGGAAGCUCCUUUUUACCCAUAUUGUUCCAUUAAGAUGUAAAGUUUUUAAUAUAUGUUAUUGUUU